AUGUGGAAUCGUCUCUCGCCAACCAAUUCCAAUAAACUGUUGCUCGAUCAUGGUAAUAAUAGCAAUAUUAUUAGCAAUAAUAACAAUAACAUUACCACCUCUAGCAACCCCAGUAAGGCCAGUGCUGCCAUUGCUGCCGCCUUCUCGGCCGCUGUUAGUCCUUCCAUUGUUGCAACCACCACAACCACCACUACCAAUAAAACCAAUACUACCAACAAUAACAAUACCACCACUACCAGUAGUAGCCAUAAGCUCAACAAAAUUUUAUCAAUCGAUAUGGAAAUACGUAUACAAAAUAAGUGUAUUUCAGCAUAGCGGAUCACUCUGGAGGGACCGGACCCCCCCUGGAUGCAAGGCAACCUCAAGGUGGCUUUUCUGGGGGCCUCCGGCGUUGGACGUACCAGUAUCCUGCAGCAAUUUUUCAAGCAUGAAUUUCCGAAGAGUCACAUCCGCACCAGCCGUCGCACUGUUUACCGCAGCUGUCUGGUGUGCGACACCUGCAUCCGGGAGCUGAUGGUGAUCGAUGUGCCGCCGCAGAGGCGUUUCCCCGCCGACAAUCUCGCCGAAUGGAACAAUGGCCACCCGUUGGGGCUGCGCACGGUGCACACCUACGUGCUGGUUUACGACAUGGGCAACCUCGAGACGUUCCAGUACUGCCGCAACAUGCGUGAUCAAAUUCUAGAGAGCUUUACACAUCGUGAUUUUAAAAUAAUGGUUGUGGGCAACAAAGUCGACUUGGUAUCCGAAACCAGUUCGAACACUCAGGAAUUAAAAGACAUUUCCACACUGGUCCGAAAGCACUGGCGUUGUGGCUAUGUCGAAUGUUCCGCAAAACACAACUACAAAAUUGGCGACAUUUUCAAAGAACUGAUGGGCUACCCUGUGUGCGGCAUCGCGCCCAAGUUGGAUUUCCCGCAAUCGAUUAGAACUAAAAACAAGUGCACUAUUCUCUAGUAGUAGCUGUAAGUGCUGGCUGGUUUCGAUUCCGGUCGGUAUGGUGAUUCGUGUCGCAGCAGCGGAAAUGUGAUUCAUGGAGUGAGAUUCGAAAUUUGAUUCACUGAGUAGGACUUUUGUCUCACGAGGGACUUGUGCUAGGAUUGGGAUAUAGGAUUCGUCGUUCGCUAUCGAGCCUAAUCAUAGUGUUUGUCGUAAUAAUGGAACAGUUAUUAUAUAUAGAUAUGGGCGAAAAAAAAAGUUGAUUAUUGAUACCUAGCUGUUUAUCUUGAACACGAGUGUCACACUUUUGUGUCACUUGCAGACUGUUUACGAUAUUAUAGUGAUACUACGUAAAGAGAGGAUGGACAUAUAGUUAAUAGCCCAUUAACAUACAGACAGUAUAAAAGGACCAACCGCAUUGAGAAAUGGAAGCAUAACAUUCGAGGAACGGAUGUGGCAUUUGUAACAGAAACAUGGUCGAGCAAAAAUACGAUUCAAUUGUAUAAGAUUAUUUCCAUAAUAGUUUGCUUCCAUUUCUAUAUGCUGUCUUGGUUCCGUCUCGUUAAACGAAAGCGCAAUUUUGGAAAUACGACGCACACAUCGGUUGCACUCAUUGUGGUGUAUCCAAAUACGUGGGGAGAUAUAUUUAAUGGAGCCACCGAAGAUAAAUUCAGAUUGAUAACAGUGCAUUGAAUGAUUUCCGAGAACAGCAAAGAUAAAGAUAGAAUUCAGUGCAUUUUUGGUUCUGUCGAUACAAAACGCUUUCAGGUUAAUCAAAAUGUUAGCAUAACAUUAUCCAAUUAUCCAUGAGUUGUUUUCAUGUAUCUGCCACUCGUGAUAACCGUUGAAUAACCUAGGUGGGAUCGACGGGCUUUCUAACAUUUCUGUUCCAAUUAACUAAAUAUACUCUUCAUGGAAAAGAAGAAAUUUGAGCCCAUUCUGUGCUUAUAUUAUGUUACGGAAACAUAAAUCUAUUAAGAUAACGUUUUGCAAAGUUUCGGUCAAUUAAUAUUCCGAUUUAUUCUUUCUAUUUCAAUUCACAUCACACUGAGUUCGACAAUUCAGGUCACUAGAAUAAAAAUCGGAGUAAAAUAAUACAAAAUAACAUGAAAAAACUUGAGAAAUACCCAUUAAUACCCAAAACUAAUCAUAAACAUUGCUGUUCUCGAGAGAUUUUGAACAAACGAAAAUCCCAUUCAUGAUACUUGAAAACAAAUACAGAAAAUGAAAAGCGAAAUAAAUAGUUUGAAAACAGAACAUACACGUUUGAAACAUUUAGAGACAAUAACCAGUAAAUCUAGUGAAUACCAAAAACUGAUAAAAUAUUUCCCAUAUAUUUGUGUUGCGGAGCUGACAUCGCUUCUAAUCGUUGCGUCCAUGAUUUUCAUUAACACGUCAAGCCCCUGUCGCUCCCUGGGGACAGACAUUGAAAUUUGCCUCUGGUUUACGCCGGUCCCUGUGAACUGAUAGUAAACCUUUCGUAAGAAAAGAGUCGGAACGGGAAGCGGCAGUAAUAAUGCUAGGAAAUGAUAUUUACAAUAGACGAAUUUCAUGCCAACUAGACUGUCCAUUGGCAGUACCAACUCAGAUUGCAGUAGAACAUUGUGGGUGUAAAGACAUUGGACAUUUAGGCAACUUUGCAUACCUGGAAUACCAAAAUUAGACGUUUUUUUCUUAAAGUUUUACAACAAAUUUUAAUUCAAAGCUUAUAAGACCUGCACAAUUUUGAGCAAAUAAUAAAAUAUAGGAAAUUGUUUAGAUCUUCAUGAAAAAAAAAUGAUAUAGUGGUUCUCAACUUUUCGUGAAAAGUGGUAGUUUUGCUCUUUAUCGCAAAACAUUAGGCCCGUAUUUUUUUUAUUUUUUCAGUAGGGUGACCAUUUCCAUUUAAGGGUUGUCCGAAAAAUCAACUUUUUCCUCCUUUUUCCAAAAAUGACUUUUUUAAAAAAUCAUAACUUUUGAACUACUGGACCGAUUCAGAUGAUCAAUACAUCAAAUUAAAGCCAAUUUUUGGAAUUUUUUGAAAAAAAUACUACACCAGCAGAUAAUUUGAAUUCUGUUCUCGUUAUUAUUGAUUGUAUUCGUUUUUUAUUGUUUUCAUAGGCUCGGGACCAAAGGCGUUAUAUUUUUUUCUGAAAAGCUGAGGAUUUUUCUCAUAACAUAUACCGAAACCAGAGGUGUGUUUUUUUUUCGUUUUUGAGUUAUGAUUUUUCAAAGUUAACCGAUGGUCCAAAUGACCCAUUUGCCAAUUAAUUGGAUUCUAGUCGCAUACAUCCAGUCAGUCGCAUAGAAAUAUUGAACGAAGACUGAAAACAUGUUAACUUUGGAAAAUCAUAACUUGAAAACGAAAAAUAACUCAUCUCUGAUUUUUAAUUAUGUUAUGUGAAAAGCCUCAGCUUGCAAGAAAAAAAUAUAAAAAAUAUAGCAUCCGUGGUCCCGAAACCAUGUAAACUAUAAAAAACUAAUACAAUAAAGAAUUACGAAAUCAAAAUCCGUUUUUUUUCGCAAGUCUAAUAUUUUUCAAAAAAGACUAUCUAAUUGGCUUCCAUUUUAUGUGUCGAUCGUCUGAAUCGGUCCAGUAGAUCAAAAAUUAUGAAUUUUUGUGUUGGAAAAAAGAGGAAAAAAAGGAAAUAUUUUACGAGCCAUCGGUUAACUUUGAAAAAUCAUAACUCAAAAACGAAAAAAAAACAUCUCUCUGGCUUCAACAUAUGUUAUGUGAAAAAUCCUCAGCUUUCCAGAAAAAAUAUAAAAAUAUAUAGCGUAUUUGGUCCCGAGACUAUGAAUACAAUAAAAAACGAAUACAAUCAAUAAUAACGAGAACAGAAUUCGAAAUUUCUGCAGGUAUAGUAUUUUUUCAAAAAAGACCAGAUUGGCUUUAACUUGAUAUGUCGAUCAUCUGAAUCGGCCUAGUUGUUAAAAAGUUCUGAAUUUUUGAAAAAAAAAGUCAUUUUUGGAAAAAAGAGGAAAAAGUUGAUUUUACGGACAACCCUAAAAUGGAAAUGGUCACCCUAAUGAAAAAAUAAAAAAAAUACGAGUCAAAUGUUUUGCGAUAAAGAACAAAACUACCAAUUUUCACGAGAACCACUAUAUCGGUUUGACAUGAAAUGGCUGUAUAUGAAUAGCCCAUAUAAUUACUAACAAGUCAUCCAUACAUGAGAAGAUGGGCACCUUUACAGGAAAAAAGUUUUUCUAACAACAACUUUUUCAUAUUUUCUUUAAAAAAAACCAAAACUAAUCCUAAUUUUGUUUAAAGUCAAGAUAGCGAUAUAGUUCGACAAAGUUUUAGAUAUUUUUGAAAUUUUAAAUUUGAUAUUUGAAACAUGGAAGACGACAACUUUCUUUCUUCUAUAGUUUCUAGGAUAUUUUCAUAUGGAGAGAUAAAAUAUAAAAAAAAUCUUGCUCAAAAACUAUAAGACUUACAAAAUUUUGGUCAGAAAAUGAAAUGUUAAAAAAAUGAAAUGUAAUGCUGAAAAAUCAUAGGAAUAGUCCAUAUAAUCACCAACAUGUUAUCCAUACAUCGAAUGAAGGGCACUACUACAGGCAAAAGAGAUUUUCUAACAAUAUCAUAUUCUACUACAUGUUCUACUACUUUACUACUAAUGUUUUACUCGUAACAUUUUUGUGUGUAAAUUAUUGCGAUUGACAUGUUCUGCAAACUUUUUUCUAUUUAGAAACAUGUCAUGAGCAUAUCGAAGGUGAGAAUUUGCACAUAAGAAGGUUCCAGGUGUAACAAUAUGUUUUCAUGAGUCUUCAUAUAAAAUACCAUAUAUCCUCGGAACUAUAAAAGACUAAAACUCGGAUACACUAUAUCGUUAUCUUGAAUUUAUCAAAAUUAGGAUUAGAAUUUUUUUGAGUAUUAACCCAUUAACGACCAGGCUGUAAAAAUAAUUUUAUUGACGAAUGCCAUUGGUGUAAUUUCGAUUAUUGACGCUAAAGAAAUCCCAAUGUUCAAGAAUUAUCUUCUAUUUUCCGAGAAAUGACUGUUCGAAAAAUCGAAGAUUGGCCGAAAUCCCCACUUUUUUUUUGCAAGUACAAACAUACUGUGAACUGAAAGUCACUACAAUUAGCAAAUAUACGGUAUUCAUAAAUGCAUCAAUUUCACAUUCUGGGACGAACAAGCACAGGAGGAUGGAGAUCUCUAAGUGUAAACUUAAAUUAAUCCACCUAAGAUGAGAUGUGAUAUUUCUUAUUUCAUGUAAUUUUAAUUUAUUACUGGUGGGCUUUUUCGUUCAAACGAAAGCAUAUGUUGUUAUUGAUAUUGUUGGCCGUGGAGAAAUGUAUAUGCUUAAGAAUUAUUUCUUCUCAAUCAUCCAUUUCCCGAAAAAUCGAACAUUUUCUAAAAUCUGCAAAGUACCAAAAUGAUGCGACCUAUUGUUGGGUAGUUAUUACUCGGUCCAGCGAAAAAAUAUUCACACCAGUAAUCUCAUUAGAAUCCUUGUUACACGUACUGAUCGUUUCUGCCAGCUCCUGCCCACACGAAAUUCUACGGGCCGCCAUCAUCUAAGGUUUUGACGAACAAAAAAACAUACAGAUUUUCAAUAAUAUUUGCCAAAUUAUCGAUAUUUGCAAACAUUCACAAUUGAAAAAAGUCUUCCAAAGUAAACGAACCAAAAAGCGCUGCGAAAGUUAGAUGCGUUGGUAUUAAUUCAUCAGAAAAUAAAUGUUCGUUAUGGCCACCGUUCGAUUUUUCGAAUACUCAAUUUUCCCGGCUGUUAUUUUCUUGUAGGAGGCUCAAUCGAAUGAUUUUUGCUCUAUAUCGCAAUGUAUGUUCUUUUAUCAAAGCAAUACUGUAGAAAAGUUCUAAUAUUUUUAUGUUUCAUUAUGGUUUUUAAUUAAAACUAAAAACACCUUCCAAACAUACUUGCUUUAAAUCGAAUUUAUUGCCCAAUAAAGUUACAUGAAAUUGAAUGAACUUGAUAGUAAGUGGUAGCUAAUAAAUUAAGCUAUCUUUUGGUGCAAAAACAUUACCAUAUGGUUGGUUUCCAAAGACAUAGAAAAUGAUCAAAGUCGCUGUUCGAUUUUUCGAACGCUUGGCCUAAAACGGGUUAAUGAAAAAAUUCGUUUAUGAGAAAAUUUUUUUUUUAAAUUUGGUAUUUUAUGGAAAUUUCAACUAUUUUGCACAUUGUAUUCCUAUUCAAAAUUUUGUAGGUCUUAUAGUUUUUAAGUUAGAAAUUUGUGCAAAAAAAUAAGAAAAAACCUUUGGCCCUUUUCAGAGAGAGGUCCAUUUUUUUGGAAUUUCAAGUAUGCAAAGUUGCUUAAAUGUCCAAUGUCUUCACACCCACAGCGUUCUACUGCAAUCUGAGCUGGUGCUGCCAAACCCUAAGAAGAGUUGGCAUGAAAUUUGACAAUAGGCUCCUGUUAAUCCGCGAGGGCCGACACGGUGCCAGACAGAAAAUGCAUUGUCGGUCCCCCAGUCGGCUAGAGCUUAACGGAGCAAUGCACCCACUGUUGCUUACUGUUUGUUAAACUUCCGAUCAUUGAAAAGAAGAAAACAAUAGCCGCGGAUUGUAACAAGGUGAAAUUAUUCAUCAAUUUUUUAUUUCCAGCGCUACAUAAAUUGCAUUCAUAGAAUGCUAACUAAACAUACAAAACAACACAAUCGUAAGAACGUGCACACAUCACAAAUGCUUACACGCCUGUUUGAGUGAACAUUAUUGAGAGAAAUUCUCGUUUGUCGUAAGGAAAAAUGCCAAUAUAAGUGUGUUAGUGAGCCUCAAUAUUAUACAUUUGUCGCUAGUUGUUGAAAAAAAAUCAAAUCUGGAAAGUCGAUCGAAGCUAAAGUAUCGAAUUCACAUCAUUUAAAAAAACGGAAACAAACUUGAAGCAAAUGCCGUUGCUUCCAAAGAGCCUAAUAUUUAUAUUGUAAAUAAGUUCGCAGCAGCUCGUUGCUGAUUCUAUGUGCAGUUUCGCUUUUUUGAACGAAUUCAAACGAUGAGAAAAACCAACGAAGACUCCCCUACAGCCGGUUGAUCGUCAAAGAUAAAUUGUGAUUCUGAAACAACCAAAGCUAACCUAAAACGGACCAAACCAUAACUAGAACUUACGAUGCACAAACUAACACCUCUGAGAUGCCUUUUUCUGUUUCCUGCUGUCGAUAUCAAUGUUCAAGCAUCAAUGUGUACGUGUAUAUGGAUCGUUCUAUAGAUGAUUGUCCCAUGAUCCCACCGUCUCUUUCCAAGAAGCCCAUCACGAUUGUAUCAUAUCAAACGCAACCUCAAAACAUUAUUGUACGCUUUUCCUGCACAAAUGGGAUGCUGUCGAUCUAUGUAUUUACGUGUAGAAGUAUGUGUCCGAAACAAAAAUCAUUGUAUUGCGGGGCAAGAUACGACUCCAUUUGAUCCGCUAAGCUAUAGGGGUAGUCUUCGUUAUAACGUGCCGUGGAUAUUAUACGGUUCAUUGCAAUAGUUUUAUUGUUACAUAGGACUUAUUUCAGAAUGGAAAGUACGUUUGUUAUCAUUGAGUAGUGAUUAUUGAAAU